ACUUUGACACACCUGUUAAAUUAAACGCAACUACUGUGAUACAUUCCCUCACGAGAUAAAGAAAGGGCAGUUAUGACAUCAGCAGGAUAUCCAGGUUUGACUGGUGCAGACUAAAAUAGUUGUUCUUCAUUCCGAUAGGAGAUCUGAUAUCAAACAAAUCAAUAAGCAACGACAGGGAGAGCACAACUAUAAUAAUCGCACACAUUGCUAUAUUGUGAGGGAGAAUGCUCAGUUUGCUAUAUUUCACAAGCACAACAUCUACCUCACGGAUCCUUAACGGUGCAUUCAAUAAAACUUGAAGUUUAAAAUCUAAACAGAGCCCUUGCUUUGUGUAAUUGUAUGUUGCCCAAUCUCUGAAAAUCAAGAACUAAACUAUGUGAAUAAUUUAGGCAGUGCGGGCAAUCUGAUUGGCCAGGUUAAGUGAGCCGUGUGAAAAUGAAUAAUUAAUGAAUUGUUCAAUUGCGUGCACUGGCUGUGGACUGGGAGAGAGAAAGGCUGGAGUUCAGCAGGAGCUCCCGGUGCUGAUACAAGGGAACCACCACCACACACUGUCACUAAAGCGAGUCCCCAUGGAAACCCGCGAUCUUAUAAACAAGAAAAAGUAUGGUCCAAUCUGGAAAACAGCAAUUGGUCGACUCAAAUCCAUCAGUGUUGCAGAUGCAGCUCUGAUUGAGCAGGUGUUAAGAAAUGAGGGGAAAUAUCCCUCAAGAGGAGACAUUAGGGAAUGGAAGGAGUAUCGCAUUCUACGAGGAUUGGAAAAUGGACCUGUUCUCAAGGAAGGUGAAGAUUGGCAUAAACUCCGUGCUGUCCUCAACCAGAAGAUACUGAAACCUACGGAGGCCAAACUGUUUGACAAAUCUAUUAAUGAUGUAGUGACAGACCUGAUCAAGAGAAUCCAGUUUUUGAGAGACACAAAGGGCUCUGGAAGUAUGGUUUAUGACCUAACAAAUGAAAUGUACCGUUUCUCAUUUGAAGGUGUCUCUUCUGUUGUUCUGGAAUCGCGACUGGGGUGCCUUGAGCCCAGCAUUCCUAAAGAAACACAGGACUUCAUCAAUUCUGUUGGCACUAUGCUCCGGAUGUUUGCCAUAAUCCUUGCUUUGCCGAAAUGGACUCGAUCUGUACUCCCAUUCUGGAAUAAAUACAUUCAGGCCUGGGAUACAAUGUUCAACUUUGCAAAAGAUAAAGUUGACCAAAGAUUAACAGACAUUCAAGCCAAGCUGCAGGGAAAAGAACCUGUUGAAGGGAACUACCUAACUUACUUACUGUCAUGUGAUAAACUUAGCCAAUCAGAAAUCUACAGCAGUAUCACUGAACUCCUGCUGGCUGGGGUGGAUACUACUUCAAAUACUCUUUCAUGGGCUAUCUACCAUCUGGCAAGGAAUCAAGGACUUCAGAAGGCUGUCUACAAGGAGGUGAUCAGUGUUUCUCCAGAAGGCCAAAUCCCCACGGCACAGGACCUAGAUAAAAUGCCUUUGGUAAAAGCUGUUGUUAGGGAAGUGUUGAGGUUGUAUCCUGUUGUACCUGAAAAUGCAAGAAUUCUGGAAACAGACAUUGUUAUUGGUGACUACCAUAUACCUUCUCAGGUUCUCCUUGUAUUGUGUCAUUAUGCUUCCUCAGUGGAUCCAUCUCAAUUUCCUGAACCAUUAAAAUUCAAACCUGAAAGAUGGCUGCAAAAACAGGAGAUCUUAAAACCACACCCGUUCAGCUCUAUCCCGUUUGGAUAUGGAGUUCGAGGGUGUAUUGGCCGGAGAAUAGCAGAGCUGGAAAUGUAUCUGUGUUUAUCAAGGCUGGUGAAGCAAUUUGAAAUCAGAACUGAUCCCAAAGAAAAGGAAGUCACUCCCAUGACUCGAAUUCUAAUAGUUCCAGGAUCUCCCAUCAACCUCCAGUUUCAUGAUCGAAACCCAUGAACUGAAAUUUGAAAGCUCUAAAUGAUUAUGUAAAAGUAAAUGUAUAACUGUGGCAGUGUGCCCUGCCCAUGUGUGUGUUAUGUGUUAUCUGUUGCUACGCUCCCCUGCCUCCAAAGCCCGCUCCUUCUCCACCCUUGCUCCGCAGUGGUGGAAUGACCUUCCUACAGAUGUCAGGACUGCCCAGUCCCUGACCACAUUCCGGCGCCUCCUUAAGACUCACCUCUUCAAAGAGCACCUGUAGAACUCCUCUGUUUGUAUCAUGGGACACUAUCACCCUUCAUGUAAAUGUGCUUUUUUUGCUCUUAUCAGCCCCUAUUUUACUGCAUUUAAUCCUGUACUUCAGAAUACUGUAAUCUGCCAAGUUUUUAACCUGUAGUACUUUGUAUUUACUCACAUCCUGAUGUAACUAUCACUAUUUAAUCAUAUCCUGAUGUAACUAUCACUAUUACCUGCUGUAUUAUUGAAUUGUGGUUUGUCAAACUUGUACUUUACUUGAACAAAAGUUAUUGUAUUGCUUGCUCUUAUUGUAUUACUUGUAUUGUAACGCUUGAAAUGUUUUUGCUUACGAUUGUAAGUCGCCCUGGAUAAGGGCGUCUGCUAAGAAAUAAAUAAAUAAUAAUGUGGUGUGUUAAUGUUGGUGUAUAGGUAUUGGUGCACAGGAUAUAAAUGGGUCUGUGUAGCACGAGUGAUUUAAAAUAUAUAGUUGUAUUUAGGCACGGGGAUUGCACUUCACUUGCAGAUAAAGUAUGUGAGCAUGGAAUUGCACAAAUUAGUUUUUCGUGCUGGGAUUCAAGUGAAUAAUUAAUUGGUAAUUGAAUCCCAGCACAACAGUAUAUAUAGAUUCACAUUUUACUCACUCAGGGUUGUGUGUUCAGGGCAAAAGAACGGGAGAGAGUGAGGAGGUAAUAAUAAUAAUAAUAAUAAUAAUAAUAAUAAUAAUAAUAAUAAUAAUAAUAAUAAUAACUGCUAUGAGUGCUGGAAUCACCAGCACCGUACUUGUUUUGUGUUUAGUGUUCGUGCCUUGUUUGUUAGUGUCUGUUCAUUUUGUGUCUAUUUUAUUUUGGCCUCAAGUGCCGUGUUCUGUUCAACAUUUUAUUUUCUGUGUGUUUAUUAAAUGCACUGAGCUCUGCAGCGUCUCAGUUUCACCUGCCA